AGGGGGAAUUCAAUUUUUUAUAAUUUGUAGUAUAGAUAAUUGGUAAAUCAUAUAACUUGUAUUGUUCAUGCUAUAUUUAUUGGUUUGCUCCGAUUUUGUAGUUGGUUCCUCAAUGCCAAUUAUGAAUGCAAAAAUAGUGAUAGAAUCUGUGCACAGAAGUGAGGGAGUCUGUUAGAAGGGAGAGGGAUGAAAGCUUAGAAGUUAGGUUUUAGGUUUUAUUUAAUCCUUUUUGUUAUGUGUGGAUAACGUAGAUUAGGCACCUCUCAAGUGGCAGAUAAUUAUUAAAUGUAUACCAUAGCUAUUAGUGUCAAUAGCUAUGUCAAAGUUUUACUCCUGUGAUGCUUGAUUACAAGAUACAUGAUGAAAACAAUUCACUUUAUAAUACUCCUCCUUGUUAUGGUAUUUACAUGUGUGGUUUGGUUUUUAAGGAUCUUUUGAAACAAGGUGGUUUGAAGGAGGUUGAGAAGAAUAACAAGAAGAAAGCUCAGAUUCUGUUUGAUGCUAUUGAUGAGAGUAAGGGGUUUUAUAGGUGUCCUGUGGAGAAAUCUGUGAGGUCUUUGAUGAAUGUGCCUUUUACUUUGGAGAAACAGGAAUUUGAGGGUGAGUUUCUUAAGGAAGCUGCUAAGGAAAAGAUGGUUCAACUUAAGGGACAUAGGUCUGUUGGUGGUAUGAGAGCUUCUAUAUAUAAUGCUAUGCCGAUGGCUGGAGUUGAGAAGUUGGUUGCUUUCAUGAAAGAUUUUCAGGCCAAACAUGCUUAGAUGAGGAUCAUAAUUCAUACUUAUAUGUCUAGAACAAAAACUUGCAUUUAGUAGCUUUUGUGUUUGUUAUUUCUGCUGAUUAAAA